UUAACUUUUUUCUGUCAACCUCGAAGAAGAAGAACUCAGGCACAGCCGAGAAAUAAUUGUUGAUUUUUGUUAAAUUUUUCUAUUAAACAUUCUUUAAAAUGUCUAUUGCCAAACGUGUGCAGCAAUGGGCAACGUUUGCACGAACUUGGCACAUUUAUGAUUGCACCUGGCAGAAUCCAUUCGAGUCGGCGAAAUUGGUUAAAACACACUUAAUGGGCCUGCAUAAACCCAUUUACCAUCCUAUGAUCUCCACUCGCGGCUUCUGCAGUUCACAUCGUCUUCUACCGAUUUACCAGAUUCAGAAGCGCAACAUGGGUCGUUUGGGUACCGUGGAUCCUAGCUCCUACUCGCAGCCAGAUUUGAUUACCACUGAACACAGUGUCCUCAACUGGAAGGUGGACUUUGCUGCCACUAAACUCCAAGGAAGUGUCCUCCAUAAGUUUAAUGUGCUAUCGACGAACUUGGAGCAGAUUAUCCUGGAUGUGCGUGAUAUUAAUGUUACCAAUGCCACGUUGCUGGCCGGAGGCAGUCAACUCCCAAUCAAUUUUUUCAUCAGCGAUCCCGUGGACGAUAUUGGCCAGAAGCUAACAUUGGAGUUGCCAUCUGGAACGGCUAAGGGCAGUCUCGAGGUUCUUAUUGAUUAUGAGACGUCCAGCAGUGCAAGUGGAUUGCAGUGGCUUAGUCCCGCACAGACUCUGGGAAAGGAGCAUCCCUACAUGUUCUCCCAGUGCCAGGCUAUUCACGCUCGUUCAGUGAUUCCCUGCCAGGAUACGCCGGCUGUAAAGUUCACCUACGAUGCCUAUGUUGAGCAUCCCAGUGAAUUGACAGCUCUGAUGAGUGCUAUUAUCCAAAAGAAGGAACCUGGAAAGACGCAGUUUAAGCAGGAUGUGCCCAUUCCAGCCUAUCUGGUGGCCAUUGCCAUUGGCAAGCUCGUAUUCCGUCCACUGGGCGAGAACUCCAACGUAUGGGCUGAAGAGGCCAUUGUUGAUGCCUGUGCCGAGGAAUUUUCCGAAACGGCCGUCAUGCUUAAAACGGCUUCCGAUCUGUGUGGCCCGUAUGUCUGGAAGCAGUACGAUCUGCUGGUGAUGCCUCCCUCGUUUCCCUUCGGCGGCAUGGAGAAUCCUUGCCUGACUUUUGUUACUCCAACUCUCCUGGCAGGCGAUAAAUCUUUGGCCGAUGUAGUGGCUCAUGAGAUUGCUCACAGCUGGACUGGAAACCUCGUGACCAACAAGAACUUUGAGCACUUCUGGUUGAAUGAAGGAUUCACUGUGUUUGUGGAGUCAAAGAUCGUUGGAAGGAUGCAGGGUGCUAAGGAGCUGGACUUUAAGAUGCUCAGUAACCUCACUGACCUGCAGGAGUGCAUUCGUACUCAACUCGACAAGACACCUGAGCUGACCAAACUGGUGGUGGAUCUGUCCAACUGUGGACCCGAUGAUGCCUUCUCCUCAGUGCCUUAUAUCAAGGGUUCUACUUUCCUGCGCUAUUUGGAAGACUUGUUCGGCGGCCCAUCUGUGUUUGAGCCCUUCCUACGCGAUUACUUGAAAAAAUACGCCUACAAAUCGAUUGAAACCAACGAUUUCAAGAGUGCCUUGUAUGACUACUUCAAGGACACGGACAAGAAGGAUAAACUGGAAGCUGUUGACUGGGAUCUGUGGCUGAGCAGUGAAGGCAUGCCGCCCAUUAUUCCCAAAUUCGAUGAAUCCCUAGCCAACGUAACCAAGGAACUGGCCCUGUUGUGGAGCUCCAAGUCGGUUGCUGAGCUGAAUGAUAGUCCUGACAUCAAGAAAACCAUUUCCAUUCAUCAACUGAUUGAUUUCCUGGGGAAACUCAUUGAGAGCAAGGAUAUUGUUGAUUUGACCGAGAAAAAGAUUGAGCUCCUAGAGUCCACCUAUAACUUGAAGGCGUCCAAGAACGCCGAGGUUCGCUUCCGUCUAAAUCGUCUAAUUAUUCGUGCUCGCUUGAUCAAACGUCUGGACGAGAUCAUUGCCUUUGCCAACUCGAACUUCCGCAUGAAGUUCUGCCGGCCCAUCUACCGCGACCUUGCCGGUUGGCCAGAAGCUAAACCCGCGGCUGUUCGCAAUUUCGAAAGCGUCAAGGAUCAGAUGAUGGCUGUGUGUUCGCACACCAUCGAAAAGGAUCUGGGAUUAAAAUAAAUUUAAGUCUGAAAUUAUGCAUUUCUCAAAAACUGGAAACGUAUGCAUUAAAUUGUACAUUUACAAGUAUAUUAUCGUAACGUUGAAUUUAAACUUUGAAGAACC